AUGGAUCGACAUAGACCUAUUUUAUUAACUUCUCCAGAAGGAACUAAUUCCAUCAUUAACAACUCCACAUCUCUAUCUGUCGAAGAUUCUCAUAAUAAUCACAACUCAUUACACGAUGAUCCUCCAUCACCUCAGAGUACAGAUUUGCAUUACUUGGAUACCCCAUUAAAUAAUCACAAUUCAUCACCGGGUGUCCAAUUUGAUGCUGAACAGUUGCAGCGUGGUAGAAGUAGAAUCAAAAAAAGAAACGACAAUGUGUCCAGGAGUAGAGACCUCGUAGAUACAAACGGUAAUCCAGUAAAUAUUGCUUCUUCUUCUUUGCAUGUUGCUGGAAUCAACAAUGCUAAUAGCAGUCAGUCAAGCCAUCGUGGUUCAAGAAGUGGGUCACGUUCCUUCUCCAGGUCUAGAUCUAGGUCUAGGUCUCGUACCGCUUCAAGGAUCAGGGAUGAGGAGUUUUUGAAAUGGACUGUUUUGAGACAGGAUCCUUCAAUGAGAUUACAUAACUAUAAAAUUAAGUAUAGUAAUAGUGGUAAGAGUGCAAGUAGUAAGAAGAAAAAAAAUAAAAAUAAUAACGAGAACGAGGAUGAGGACAAGGAAGAAGAUACAGAUGAAGAGGAAGCUUUUGAGGAUACCGAAGACAGUGAAGAUACAGGUGAUGACACAGAAGAUGAAGAGGAAGACGAGGAAGAAGAAGAAGAAGAUGAUGAUGAUACGGAUGAAGAAGAAUCUGACGAAGAACAAGUCAGUGAUAUUGAGAAUGAUAAUUCAAUUAACGAGCAAUUUAAUUAUGAUUUAGGUACAAAAGUGUUACCAAACUUUUGUAGUAGCAUCAAUGAUGUACUAGAGAGUAGUAAGCCAUGGAUUGAUAAAUAUGAAACUGAAAAUCCUAGUAACAAUGAUCCAAAUAUUAAUAUCUCUUCUUUAGAAGGAGGAUAUCUUAGAGGUAUACUUACUUUGAAUAAAAGAGGACCCCUUAAUUCAAACAAUAAUGCUACAACAACAGCAACAACAACAACAGCAGAAGCAAAAACAACUAAUUACAAUACCGAAACUAUAGAAAACGAAAAUAUAAAUGAAGAUAGUUAUAUAUUGUAUGUUGAUUUAACUAGUGAAUCCAUAUAUGCCAUAACAUAUGUUAUGGGCACAUUAGUGAAAAAUGGUGAUACGGUAUACAUAGUUCAUUGGCAUUCGGAUGGUAGAGAUGAUUUUGUUAAGAAAGAAAGUAUAGUCAACAAUAUCAUCAAAUUAAGAAACCAUGUAUUGCAUUUAUUUGAUUGCAUUAGUGCCACAGUAGACAAUUUGGAUGUGAUAAUAUUGUCUUUAACACAUCCUUACCCAAAGCAUCUCUUAAACGAGAUGAUUAAUGGGUUGCAACCUUUGGCACUUUGUUGUUCUCUAUCAAUGACAUUGAGUGGCCUGCAAAAUUUUAUCUGUAGUGUGCCAACUUUUAUAAUUAGAAAGAAAUUGAAAAGAACUAAGAAGAAAGGUAUCUUUGAUUAG